GACUUUGUUUCGAUCCGGUUGAAUAAAAUCCGAUUAAUCUGAUCUGAGGAGCUAUUAGUAUCAGUUGCUUUCCCAAUUUACAGAAGAAAGAAUCCACCAGGAAGCGUAGUGAGAGCAAUAUUAUUGAUAGUAUUAAUGAGGCGAAGACCAGGAAUUGGGGGUCUGCAGAAUGCUGCUACUGCUAGGGAUCAAUUCCGUUUGCUUGGAGAAAAUGUAGCCAAGUUGAGAACGGAUCUUAUGAAAGAGCAGCUUUCGACUUUUCGGUCUCAGUUGGAGGAUUUCGCUCGCAAGCACAAGAAUGAUAUACGCAAGAAUCCUGCAUUCAGAGCACAGUUUCAUGAGAUGUGUGCUAAUGUUGGAGUAGAUCCACUAGCCUCAAAUAAGGGUUUCUGGUCAGAGUUGUUAGGGAUUGGUGAUUUCUAUUAUGAACUUGGGGUGCAAAUUGUUGAAGUUUGCUUGGCUACUAGACCACAUAAUGGGGGUUUGAUCAAAUUGGAGGAACUAUGUAAACUGGUUUGUCAGAGACGAAAGACUGCCCGUGAAGCUAUAUCUGAGGAUGACUGCUUGCGUGCUAUUAGCAAGCUGAAGGUAUUAGGUAGUGGCUUUGAGGUGAUUUCUGUUGGAAAGAGAAAGCUUGUUCGGUCUGUUCCAACCGAGUUAAACAAGGACCACAAUGAAAUUUUAGAGCUCGCCCAGGGUCAAGGCUUUGUGACGGUUGAAGAGGUAGAGAGACGGCUGUCCUGGUCCUCUGGCCGUGCCACUGAUGCCCUAGAAACUCUAUUAGAUGAAGGUCUUGCUAUGAUUGAUGAUGGUCAUAGAGAUGGCAAACGUCGGUACUGGUUCCCUUGUGUAUCUUCUAUCUCUUCAUAUGUAGGAGCUGACACGGUUUGAGGUUUUAUGUUUUUUUUUUUAAGUUAUAUAACUAAUUGUUGGUUAUGGGAGGCUCGCUUUAAAGUGGUUUGAUUUACCAUUCCUUUUUGUAACAUCAGCCAGCAAUAAGAAAAUGUAAUACCAUUCUCAAUAAUGUUAUUUUGAGCCCCAUUGAAUCGCUUCUUCAU